AUGUGGGGACCCGGGGUGACCGCCGAGGGCCUGUCGCCGGCCCCGGCGCCGCCGCCGCUGCUGCCGCUGCUGCUGCUGCUGGCGCUGGCGCUGGUGGCGCCCUCGCGGGGCGGCGGGGGCUGCGCCGAGCUGGCGUGCGGCGAGCGCGAGCGCUGCUGCGACUCGGCCAACGCCACGGCCGUGCGCUGCUGCAAGCUGCCGCUGCACGCCUUCCUGGACAACGUGGGCUGGUUCGUGCGCAAGCUCUCGGGGCUGCUCAUCCUACUCGUGCUCUUCGCCAUCGGCUACUUCCUGCAGCGCAUCAUCUGCCCCAGCCCUCGCAGGUACCCGCGUGGCCAAGCGCGCCCCGGGCAGGGACGCUCCGGGCCACCGGGGAGCGCCGGGCCCCCGGGGACCUCGGGUCCGCCCGACGACGACGACGACGACGACGACUCGCCUGCCCUGCUGCGAGACGAGGCGGCGGCGGGCUCGCAGGACUCGCUGCUGGACAGCGGCGGCCGGGGCCGGGGAGGACGCCUAGGUCCCUCCGGAGCCUCGGAGCACGAGCUGCGCGCCGUCCCGCCAGUCUUCCUGCAGCUGCCCAGCUAUGAGGAGGUCAAGUACCUGCCCACCUACGAGGAGUCCAUGCGGCUGCAGCAACUCGGCCCCCCCGAGGUCGUGCUGCCCGUGUCGGUGCUCGGCCGUCCGCGAGGCGGCGGGGCCGGGGACGCCGACGGCGGCCAGGGUCGCUUCCCGCUCAUCUGAGCGUCCCGGGCCCCUUGGGAGCGCGCGGACCUAGACCUGGACAGGCUGGGAACUCGGGGCGGCACGCCCUGUGAGUGUGCCUGUGGCCGCCACUGACCACGCCUAGUGCCCUUGCAAAGCCUGUUGCCCCGCGUCUGGGUUGGGGUCGGGUCUUCUUCCUCCUUCUGCUUCACCCCUCCCGCCGCCCUUCCCCCCCCCCGCCACAUCUGGGAUCUUAUGUUUUCCUGAAUUUCUGUCGACCCAAGGAAAAGUUGGGCUCGCUCAGAGGGGGCAGUGGUCGCGGACAAACCCCCAGGGUCACUUAGGCGGCGUUCCCGCCCUCUGCUCUGCCUCCCUUGGGUUCCUUCGUAAGUGCCUGCUUCCCGCGUGCAAGAGAACCUAUGAGCCCUGUGGCGCGUCGGUCUGGAGAAGGACGGUUGAGGAAGGAGCGGGGUUCUACUCCUGUCCCUCCAGUCUGGACAGGUCAUGGUCUCCCGGGAUGGACAGGUGGCCCAGAGCCAUUGGAUACGACCCGCAACUAGCGAGUGUUGCGCCCGGGAAGGGGGAGGUCUGGGAGCAGCACAGGGAGUGAUGGAAUAGCUCCCAGAAACCCCGUCAGUGCUUGGCCAAGCAGAUAGUCAUACGGGCUCACAGUCAGGUGGGCGUACCAUGACUAUGGUUAAGAAGGCUGUACCAGUUUAGGACACAGCAACUACUUACACCAGACUGUAUUCAUACUAUGGUAUGGUUGAACUUUGGAUUUUUCAGUAACUGAGACGGUGUUUAUUUUGGCUUUUAUUUUUCUAUUUGCAUCAUGUAUUGAAAGCAGCUGAAAGGCAGGUCAACAAAUUGAAAGGAUAAUUGUAUUAUCACUGUAUUUGUGUUUUGUUUAAUUUUUUUUUAUUUUAGGUCAGGAAUAUGCUCACCUUCUGCCAUUAUUGGUUAACAAAAUGUUGGACAUUAUUUCAUUUAAAAUGGGGGGAGGGGAGACAUGGUUAAACAAGGAAUCGUGACAUAAAAACAUGAAGGAUACCUUAUUUUCAGCAUUUGAGAAUAUAUUUUAUUUUUAGUACUAUGGCAUAAUAUAUAACCUUUUAUAAUAACUAUACAUAGUGUAGUCUAAGUCUUAAUUGCAUCAUUUAUUGCAUCAUUGUAUGUAGAAAUCUCUGAUAUGUGUAUGUCAUACCAUGACGCAAGAAGUCUUGCACUUUCUUCCAUUUUCCAUCUGGAAUACAUUCUGCAGUUUAAUUCAAAAUAUUGGAAUUUGGGAAUUGAAAUUUUUGUUUAAAGCCAUACUUUUGCAGUAAUGUGCUACAGAAGAAUUCAGACUACUUAUCUUUUUGAAAAAGAAAGUCAUUAGUUCUGUGACAUUUCCUGUAAGCAAAAAAAGUAAUGACAUGUUUUAAUGCAUGGUGUAUAGUGUACAUAUGGUAUUGUCUAUGUACAGUAUAUACAUUGUAUGUCACAUAGUUAUGGCAGCUCAUGACUACCAUAGAAGGAAAAGAAAGAUGACAAAUCCAGAUUUCUCUGGAGAAGGGUAAAUGUCAGUAGUCACAGAGAAAGUUUAUCCACAUGGUUGUAGGUUUCCUUGUAAUUGCAGAAGCUGCUCAGUCCUGAGAAGUCAUAACACACCUGACUGGUAGUGGAAGAAACUUGGAUUACUUGAAGUUUUUGAAGGCUGGUUGAAAAAGUCUGACAGUCCUGCAAAACUUUUAAUGUGUACAUUGUAACAAAAGAGAAUGGUUUGUUUUAAACUUCUAGAAGCUACUGACCUAAUCAUUAAAGAAAAUCAUUUGAAGUAUAUUAAAAUUGAAAAGGCACUAAAAUA